UUUUUUUCUUUUUCCUCCCUUAAUUCCUUUAUUUGACCCCGAGAUUAUCGCGUUUGACAUCCUCUUGCUCCCGAUCAUUGGUCCUACAAACUCUUCGUCAUGCCAUCCGGAGUCAAUCGUCCCACUGAUACGAAGUUGAAGGAGAAGGAUAUCAACCAGAAGCUGCAGCUGUAUGGAAUUUAUCAAGCUUUCAAAAGCGGCAAGCUCCCCUCGAACAAACAAUGCGACAUUGCCUUGAACAGCGCCCUCAAUUCGAAGGCCCUCUCCUCUCCCCCUAAAGAGCUGUCGAAAGAAGGCCAAGCCCUCGUGGAAGAUCUUCGAAACGUCAUUGAUCAGGCGAAGAAACUCAUUCUAAGCAAGAACGAGGGCCAGCUGCUCCAGGAGUUCAUCUGGCAGGCUGAGCACAUCUCCCCGGAAGAUGUGCAAGAGAAACCGGAUGUGCCUCUGAACAAGGAAUCAGCUCAGCAGGAUGGCAAACAGGCGUCUGAGGGACUGAAGACCUUGGGGAAUCUGCUGAUCACCAACGGCGAAUUCAGAAAGCUCCUAAACGAUGCUUGGAUUAUUGCUCGCGACAUCGCCGGCGACGCCUCGCAGAAGGCCGCCAACAAAGUUCGACCGUCGGAAGAACAACUGUCGCAGAUUGACGAGCCGGCCGAGGAAAACCUUUGGCAUGAGAAGCCGGAUUUUGCAAAGCACAAGGAGCAAUUUACAUCACGCUUCAAGAAGGCGAAACCCGCCGCCCAGCAACAGUACGAGGAGAUUGGUGACACUGCCAUGCAGGCAGCAACAGGAGGUCGCAACGUCGAGUCACCAGCUGAUUUCGACAGCCGUGCUGGUGCUGCAGCAGGCGCUGAGGAAGCCAAGCGAAGAGUUUCCGACAAUGUCUCUGAAAGCACCAAGUCUCGUGCUCGUGAUUACGCCGAUCGAACCAAGGACUACAUGGCACAAAAGAUGCCUAAAGAGCGUCGUGAGCAGGCCAUUUGGCGGUUGAAGAAGAUGGUCCUUGAAAUCCAGGGCCGUGCCGAUUAUCAACAAGCUAUCCAGACCUUGCUUGAUCUCGCCGGUAAAUAUGGCAGCACUGGAAGGAACCUGUCACAGCAGGGCGCUGGUACCGUCAAGGGUAUUCGGGGCGGAGAGAAGGUCAAAACCAUGGAAACCAACCUCAGGGUUUUGAUCGAACGGUUCGCAAACAGUACUUCCCUCGAUGACUUUUUCGAUUCGCUAGAGGUCAUCUACCGGGAUGCGGACAAGGACCCAGAACUCAAGGGAUGGUUCAAAAACAUCGACACGUUCUUCCGGAAAACUCUCCAAGAACAAGGCUACGUCAUGCAGGAGGACUGUGACCGACAAUGGGACCAGCUGGCCGACCAUGGCCGAUAUCUGCUGCGUGAGCGAUACAGGGACCAUACUAACCGUGUUCUCGACGAAAUCAAAUUCAUUGGCGUUGAAUUCACCAAGGAUCCCCAGAACAAAGCCUUCGCGGAUUCCAUGGACAAGCUCUUCUUGGACCUAGGCCGCGACUCGAGUGGAAAUGUCGCUUUCAAGAGCCACUUGCUGAAGGACAUCAGGGACAUUAUUCUUCCUGGGGCGUUUGAGAACGUCCGAUACGUGCCUAUCCCCCGCAUCGAGGUGUCUGAUCCGAUGGCCGAUGUCGUGGUUGAGAACUUGGUCAUUGAGAGUGACAACCUAAUGCCCAAUGUCGUGGAGUUUGGUAGUGACAACUACUUCCGCUGGGGUCGCAAGAAGAUCAGCAACAAGCACGACAACAAGAUCAUGAUCUCCGUGUCCGGCAUCCAGGCCGACCUGAGAGACGUCAGCUACCACAUUAACAAAAAGCAGGGCUUCCCCUCCAUCACCGAUACCGGCGUUAUGGAUAUCUUCCUGGGCGGCGAAGGCUUUGGCUUCAAGAUCGCCGCCUCCACGGCCCACAAAUCCGAUCGCCAGAACUUCGUCAAACUGGACAAGGUGACCGUUAAGAUCACCGACCUCAACAUCAAGCUGAAGAAAUCUAAGCACAAGGCUCUCUUCACCAUUUUCAAGCCCAUGCUCUUCCGCACUGUCCGUCCCGUUCUGCAGAAAGUUCUCGAGGAGCAGAUCCGAGACGCUUUCACUCGUGGUGAUGCCUUUGCUCACGAGGUCUAUACCGAGGUCGAGCGCGCCAAGGAGGCCGCCCUCGACGACCCUAGGAACGCUCCUAACAUCUACAGUCGGUACGUGGAUGCCGUCCGGGCUCGUCUGGAUGAGAAGAAGCGUCAAGCCCAGCAGGCUUCCCAGCAGGUCGCUCAGCGCGAUACCAAGGUCCAAACGGCAACCACGAUGCACGACUCCUUGUUCCCUGACAUUCACCUACCUGGUGGCAUCUCGUCCAAGGCCACCGAGUACAAGGAACUCGCCCAGAAGGGUGAUCGCUGGGAAUCCCCCAUCUUUACCAUCGGCUCUGCUUCGGAGUCCACGGACAUCCCUAGCCUGGCGGACAUCACCCGCAAACCUCACUCCAAGACGCAGGGCCAUUUGUCCGACGCAGGUCACACUAAUGGCACCACUGCUACCAACGGUGCCACGAACGGUGCCACCAAUAUUAAUGGUGCCGGUAAACCGGCAGGGUAUGCCGGCUCGCAUGGCUUUUCUGAUGAAAUGGACCAGGCCUUCAGCAACGGUGCCAACACCUCGAAGCAGACUCAACAAGGACCGACUAUCCCAGGUUCGGAGACUGCCUUCAACCCUCAGACAGCGUGAGGAAAGUCAGCCUGAGUCGAAGUAUUUCCUAAAAGACAAAAGGAACACGUUUGUGAUUUGAUUGAUUUAUAUGCGUGUGUAUGCUUGUUUACUUGAUAUCCUGUCUUGUAUUUGUUCAUGUUCUAUUUGUUUUGCGCUUGUAUCCAAGUGCAGCUCUCUUAAUUUGUCCUGCGUUUAUUCGAAGCGACUUGACAUGAGAUUGGGUCCGGUACAGUAUGACAAUAAUUUCUGUGACUUGUCAUUAAUAUGUUUAAUUAUAUGCCUCUAAUCUUCACUUACUA